AUGAAUGCUUAUCAUCUAACAUCAAUAAGCAGUUCAUCAGAAAGAGAGACAUUUACUAUAUGGAUGAAAUCCCUUGUAUUCCAUGGAAAUGGAUGCACAGUCCGUAAUUCUAGAGGAAACUUUUUUUUCGAGUCGAUAAUUACCAAAGACAAUGUAACAAUAAUCAUGGAUUCCCCUGGCCGAGUUCUCUUCUUCAUAAAUAAAAAGAAGAAUUACGAAUUUUGGGAUGUUGGGAAGGAUAUAAGUGGAUUGAUUCUUAAGUUAGCAAGAAAGAACAAUGGUUUCAACUUUCAAGUGAGAAGAAAUAACAAAAUUUUCAGUAGAGAAAUGACUUGUUGUGUGACAUUGAAGAAUGAUCAAACUACACAAAGCUGCUAUAGGAUAAUGAGAUUUCCACGAAAAUCAACAUUCAAGAUUUUCGACUGCCAAGGCCAGAUCAUGGUGAUGCAAAAAUUAUCAGCAGCAGUUCUUGUUGGGAAUCUUCUUAUACAUGCACAACGAAAUUUAAAAUAAUUUUCGAUUCCCACCAAGAAUGGCCUUUGUGUUUAGA